AUGCAUCAAAACUCGUAUAUCCGCAUUCAUAAUCGUCUCUUUUUCCCUAUUUCAGGUGUACAACACAAGGUCCGCCAAUUGGGUGCACUGGUCCGUCAGUACUCUGUCGAGUCGCCUCCUGGUCCUUCGCGCGGGGAGGCCAGUGGGCAACCGAGAGUUGCUGUGGACGAGACGACUCAAAGCAGCCAAUCCGACGGUAUGAGUGACGCCGAUGUAGAUGCUGACAUCGACGUCGAUGCCGAUGUCGAUGCAGAUGGUGACGCCGACAUUGAGGCUGACGUUGACGUCGACGUAGACGUCGACGUGGAUGGAGAUGUCGGUUUUGAGUUUGACGAGACGUCCUCUCAGGCCAGCGUCAAUGCGUACGGGCAGACUCGAUGUCCUUUGGCCCAGUCGAAACUGGCCAACGCUCGUACUGGCCUGAUCCAAGCCAAUUCCGUUGAUUCUCUGCCGACUCAGCCAGUUUGGCUGGACGGUCGGCUUCGGAGUGUCGGGGAGGACAAAGAGAAUCGUCCGCCUGGGCUGCCUGUGUUACCGGGGCCGACGACGAGUUGGCUGUGCCACGCUCCGGGCCUAGCAACCACGGGUAGAUCUGCAUUCUCGCCCAUUCUGACUCGCCAGAGUCCGGCCAACUCCGGCAGCCUCGCCGACUCUGCUCCGUCUAGACCUUCAUUGAAUGCGAGUUCCGGGCAACUGGGCCAAUCGGCCUUCACAUGUGGUUCCACCCGAAGCCAGAGACAAAUCGCCGGACUCGAGCAGUCGACUUCGAGCUCUUCUUCUUCUUUCUCGUCGGUCUGUCUGGCCUACAUGCCUGUCGUCGGGAUGCCUGACGACGAUGCGACCGGCGAUCCGGUCGCCAUCGAGCCCAUCUGCUCAACCGACCAGACGAGCCCGACUCGGUCGUACCGACUUCGGCAACAGGUGCACACGGCAUCGGCAGGCGAGCAACAUGUUCACCGACCGACCGAGUUGUCGGACCAGACCGGCAGCACUCGUCUGCCGCCUCGAUUGCCCCGAGUUCCUCGAGUCCCUCGCGCCUCUUAUCCCGCCAGUCAGAGCUCCGGUUGCUCAUCUUUUGCCACUUCUCCAUCCGCCUCUUCAGCCUCCUCCUCCUCCUCCUCCUCCUGCCUCUCGGGUGCCUCCUUCCAGCAGCAACACACCCGUCCGUCCUUGCACAUCUCCACUGCUCACAUGUCCGAGGCCGCCUCGGCUCAUCGACUCUCUCAGGCCAUCUCUCUCCUCGGUAAGCCAAGCAACGCGUUUGCACGUCAGCUUGACUCCGAGUUGGACAUGUACAGCGAAGAUUCGGCUCUGGACGCAUGCGAACGUCACGUCUGGCGACCCUAUCUCGACUAG